AUGAAGAGGGAAGAGUUUGUGCCGACUCGGAGGAGUUACGAGGUGUUGAUUAGGGGGUUUUGUGAUGAAGGGGAGGUAGAGGUGGCAAUCAGACUCCAAGCAGAGAUGGCUGGAAAAGGAUUCAAUGCUGGCAGCGAGGUGUACCAUGCAUUUAGUAGUGUCUAUGAGAAGUCUAAAAACUAUGAGAUGGUGAAGUUGAGGAAGGAAAUGGCGGUGAUGGGCACUUAA